CCUCUUUAAACCCUGCUUUCACCCUACUAUCACUAUAUCAUCUAACAAUAAGCGUCUCUGUGUAUAUUCAUCGAUUAGACGCUGAAUGCCAACCUUUUGGUUUCCUAUUCGGACUCUUUCUCAUUUACACCUUAUCUACUACAUCCGAUUGAAUUUUAGUCAUUUCCGAUUUCYUUCUUGAUUCAUGCCUGCUUCUCAUGCUUAGUUUGAUUCAAUGAGAUUUCUGUCGGCUUCCAAUGCUUCUCAAUAGAUAUGGCUUCUGCCCCUUCACUGUCAGUGCCACUCGAAUGUGUGAAUAUAUCCAAGUUUCCUAAAGGGGGUGCAAGUGCAAGAUAUGAUUGUAAUGCACUUUCCUGUGCCUGGAAGGCUCCCAGGGCAUUUACCGGCUUUCUGGCCAGCACUGCACAUUCAUCAGCUUUGCUGCAUGGACAAAAUGACAGAAAUAAGAAUUAUACCCGUGAUCAUCAUGUCCGUAGAUGUGAAGUUGCUGGUAAGAGAUCCUGGUUAUCRUCUGAAGCUUCAGACUUCUUUCCUCCAAGAAAACUCUUAAGGUCAAGUUUGCUUCAUAUUGGCUGUAGAAAAUGGGUAGUGGGUUGUUCUUCAUCUUUUCCUCCAGGAUAUGAUGAGCUUUCUCCUGAACGUUUAUGGGAGGUACUUAAACCUGCUAUCGCAUACCUUACGUCUGAUGAGUUAGAGUUAGUGCAUAAUGCUYUAAAACUGGCCUUUGAGGCACAUGAUGGGCAAAAACGACGCAGUGGAGAACCCUUUAUCGUUCACCCUGUUGAAGUUGCACRAAUUCUUGGAGAACUAGAAUUAGACUGGGAGUCAAUAGCUGCUGGUUUAUUACAUGACACAGUCGAAGAUACAAAUGUUGUUACCUUUGAAAGAAUAGAGAAAGAAUUUGGUGUCACUGUCCGUCACAUUGUUGAAGGAGAAACAAAGGUGUCCAAACUUGGAAAGCUGAAGUGUAAGAAUGAAAUUGUUUCGGUACAAGAUGUGAAAGCAGAUGAUCUUCGACAAAUGUUUCUGGCUAUGACAGAGGAGGUGCGGGUGAUUAUUGUCAAAUUAGCAGACAGAUUACACAACAUGCGCACUCUUUCACAUAUGCCUUUACACAAGCAGUGCAGCAUUGCUAUGGAGACCUUACAGGUUUUUGCUCCUCUAGCAAAGCUACUGGGGAUAUACCAAAUUAAAUCUGAGCUAGAGAAUUUGUCCUUCAUGUACACAAAUCCUCAAGAUUAUGGUAAAAUCAAGAGGCGGGUAGCAGAGCUCUAUAAAAACCACGAGAAAGAAAUUGAAGAGGCAAAUAAACUAUUGAUCAAGAAGAUUGAAGAUGAUCAGUUCUUAAACCUUAUGACUCUGAAAACUGAGGUCCAGUCAGUAUGUAAGGAACCUUACAGCAUCUAUAAGUCUGUGCUCAAAUCCAGCGKUUCAAUUAAUGAAGUUAACCAAAUUGCACAGCUUCGCAUUAUUGUUAAACCCAAACCUUGUGUUGGUGUUGGACCCUUGUGUAAUGCUCAGCAGAUUUGCUACCACGUUCUUGGGCUGGUACAUGGGAUCUGGACCCCCAUACCUCGAGCUAUGAAAGACUACAURGCAACCCCAAAACCUAAUGGCUAUCAGAGUCUUCAUACUACUGUAAUUCCAUUUCUUUAUGAGAGUACAUUUCGUCUGGAAGUUCAGAUUAGAACGGAAGAGAUGAACUUGAUAGCAGAUAGAGGCAUUGCUGCUCAUUAUAGUGGGAAAGUUUUUGUGAAUGACUUGGUCAGAUAUAUGUCUAAUGAUGACAGAAACUUGAGACGAAAAACAGCCAGUCUUAACAAUGCAAAUGUGGCACUCAGGAUUGGUUGGCUCAAUGCAAUUAGAGAAUGGCAACAGGAGUUUGUUGGAAACAUGAGUUCUAGAGAGUUUGUAGAUACAGUCACCAAGGACCUUCUAGGGAGUCGGGUUUUUGUAUUUACGCCAAGAGGAGAGAUMAAAAAUUUGCCCAAGGGAGCAACCGUCAUUGACUAUGCUUAUAUGAUACACACUGAAAUUGGAAACAAGAUGGUGGCUGCAAAGGUUAAUGGAAAUCUUGUUCCUCCUUUGCAUGUGCUUGCAAAUGCUGAAGUUGUGGAGAUAGUUACCUACAAUGGACUAUCAAGCAAAUCUGCUUUUCAGAGGCACAAGCAAUGGCUACAACAUGCUAAAACACGUAGUGCCAGGCAUAAGAUUAUGAAAUUUUUGAGGGAGCAAGCUGCACUAUCUGCAUCUGAAAUAACAGCUGAUUCAGUAAAUGAAUUCAUUGCUGAUACUGAAGAUGAUAGCGAAGUUGAAGACAUAUUAGAUUACUCUAAAGGGACCCAACAUACAUGGGAGAAAAUUCUCAUGAAUGUAAUGGAAAUGUCAUCUUUAAAGAUGGUUGAUGAAGAUUUUUUCCAGUUCAAGAACGGUAAUUUUAAAGUUCCCAAGKUGAAUGGCAAGCACAACAAGCAUGUGCAGCAUGUGAGUUUAAAUACCAAAGGAGAGACAACAUCACAGGGAAAUGGCUUUGCUAAGAUGAUGCUUGCCAAAGUUCCAAUGUAUAAGGAAGUAUUACCCAGUCUAGAAAGCUGGCUUGCUGGCAAGGUUGCAUCCUGGAGCAACCUUGAAGGACACUCCAUCCAGUGGUUAUGCAUUGCCUGUAUAGACAGAAAAGGCAUGAUGGCUGAUAUUACAAUAGCAUUGGCAGAUGCAGGCAUUGCAAUAUGCUCAUGUGCUGCAGAGGUUGACAGAGGAAGAGGAAUGGCUGUCAUUCUUUUUCAUGUUGAAGCAAGCUUGGACAGUCUGGUUAGUGGCUGUUCAAGGGUGGAUCUGGUCGUUGGUGUGUUAGGAUGGUCCACAGGGUGUAGUUGGCCUAGCUUAGCUGAAAAUGAGCAAGUACGAGAAUGUUAAUUAACUGAUGGUGUUGAGAGUACAGAGGCUGCUGGGUAACAAGUUUUGUCCGCUCAGAAUACACACAAUUCUUUUUAGUUGUAUGUAGUUAUCAUAUAUAUAUAUAURURUGUGUGUGUGUGUGUGUGYGCGUGUGUGUAUUUGUUCAACAAUCAUUAUCAAAAUAAAGUAGCAGCAGGGUGAUUGAGCAAGUCUGUAGAGAGACUGUAUAUAAAAGAGAAUAGCAUACAUAUUUGUAAGUGUACUUGGAAGGAUAAAAUUAGUGAGAUAUAUACAAAAGUGUUGUG